AUGCCGGUCCCACCAUUGCCGGACCUUGCAGGCUGCCGGAAAAUCGGAUUCAUCGUCCCAUCAAGUAACACCGCUGUCGAGCCGAUCACACAAGCGAUCUUCCAAUCGUAUGGCGAGAACAUCGUCCCACUCUUCACCAGGGUCAAAGUGACAACAGUCGGCGUCGAUGCGGCCUCGACCUCCCAAUUCAACGCCAAGGCUAUGGUGGACGCUGCAAGCCUCCUUGCCGACGCCGAAGUAGAUGCAGUCCUCUGGCACGGCACGAGCGGGCAAUGGACCGGCGGAGAUCUUGGAGACGAACAGAAGCUCACGGAUGCUAUGCAAAACGCGAUAGCUCGCUCCUGCAGCACGAACACCCUGGCAACCGUCGAGGCACUGAAGUUCCUCGACAUCAUGCGAAUUUCGAUUGCUGUGCCUUACGCAGAAGCACACGCCGCAAAAGUUGCCGAUUUCUUCCAAGGCUGUGGAUACGAAGUGCUCAGCACACAGCGGCUGGACCCCACGCCUGCUAGCAACUGCCGGAUUGCGGAGAGUGGUGCAGACGAUAUCAAGGAUGUCAUCCGUCGCUGCGCGGUGACCGGAACACAAGCCAUCGUUGCAUCGUGCACAAAUUGGCCGGCUACCGCGCUUGUCGAGGAGCUGGAACGCGAGCUGGAUGUUGUGAUCAUCGACAGCAUUAGCGUAACGGCUUGGUUCGCAAUGCAUAUGCUGGAAGACAACGACUACUGCAUCGAGCGUCGUGAUAAACAAGAUGCUCGAGAACACCAGCGUUCCAAAGAUGAUGUGGACAACAGUGCCAGAAGCGACGAUCCACGAAAACGCCAGAUACCAGAAUCCCUCGUCGUUGAGAUCCAGCAACAUGUGAUCUUGAUUGUGGCUGAGCCGGAAUUCUUGCUUCAAAGUUCGCCAGAUACCGACUCGGCGGUACUGGCCGUUUUUGGAAUGCUCAUAAAAGCGGACCCUGAGCGCGACUGCAGUAGCGCCACCGAUGUGAAUUGCAGCAGCGAAGAAAGCCCAGAGCGCUGGCAUGUAGAUCGUGUCUUGGGCGAAGCUGCAGAUGGUCCGGACGCACAGCUGCCAGCUGACUAUCCCCAGAUUCGCGACAGCAGCCAUGGCAAGCGCAUACUCAGCGACCAGCACCAUAACGCCAAUCCAACCUCUGAGCUCCGGAGCCUUGAGGCCUCGCCUGCGCGUCGUCAUAAGAACGUAUGGGUCGCCGUAGUUGAAGGUCCUGGUUGGGUUGACCGCUGGUGCGCCGGCACCAAGAAGGAAAGCCAGAACAGGUCGUCUCAGGCUCAGCAGUCCUGUUUCCGCCGUCGUCGAUCCGGCCAGACUCAGGCUUGUAGGCAGAAUACCGAGUAA